CUUUACCAACAAGGAGCGUGCGACAGUCAAGCGAUGGAUGAUGGCCGGCCGAUGGGGCUUACGAUCGGCUAUAUGCAGCACUUCAUCCUUAGGAAUGGCGGCCGUCGCGCGUUUCAUGGUAUGAGCGUCCUUGACGUGUGCUACCAGUUCGUCAAGCCCAUGACGGACCCGCAUAAGUUGUCGUUGGUCGACUUUGUCUUGGAGUGUGACGACGAAGAACUGUCUAGCUGCGUUCAACCCGCUCAAUGGUUCAUCACAGACGACUGGAGCAGCAACUUCCUCGACUCAUUCGACACACUGCUACACUUUUUCCAUCCGAGGGACGACGUAGCAGUGUGGAGCGGCCUCUCUCACGUCAACCACCACGACCAAGAGAUCGAGUUAAGAACGUUCGACUGGUUUGCCUCCCAAAACGAACUCAACGUUCGCAGCAUCCGCAAUGUUGUGUUUGUCAUGUUUCCAUGGCGGACUCCUUUCGCAUUGCAUUCAUCUUGGUGCCUUUUCGACGCAUUUGUGGCCAUGACGCACCAUCCAAACUCCUUUCAGAUCGCAAGCACCGACGACCAAAAGCUCGAUUUCCUCAGCGCUCUCGAAACCAACCCCCGUCCCAUCCUGUCCAUGCUGCAGUCGCCUGCGGAUACGUUACCCUCGUCCUUUCGUGAAGAAGACCAGGUGGGCGUGCUAGAGCGCAUUGGGGGUAUCGAAGGUUUUCGAGCCGUGCAGAUGUUUGUGUUGGACCACAUGAGUCGUUGGAUGCUACGAUGCUUGGACGAACGAGCUGCGACCCCAGGGGAAUCCAUACUGGUUGUGGCCAAGUGGUUAGUGGUCAAAGCAGGGUUUCUGCGAGGACUGGGCUACCCCGACGACGCCAACGAUCUGUUCAAUCAAGCCAUGAAUAUUUAUGAACUCGAAUUAGGGACGCUGGCAGCCGAAGCCCUUGCCGUCGUGACGGCGCAGUAUCUGUCCCAGUGCUCCAGCCAGGAUCUUUAAUGUACCAGCCGGAUUGAGGCGUCCGUGGAUCUUGUUACGUCACCCAAGCGCGGGUGGUCUCGUACGCUUCCGCUCUGU